CGAGGAUGGCAGAGGAAAAUACAAACUGGCCCCUUCUGUCUGCUGAAUCAGAACCUCUGGUGAUGGGGCCCUUCUGGUGAACAAAGUCUCAGCCCUCAGUUGGUAUUGGACGGGGUUUCUAUUUUUCAUGCCUCAUUUUCUCGAAGUGAAACCUGUCGCCCUGGCCGGGCGGUGGCGGGGCAUCAGCUGUGCUCGGGGAAGCUGGAAUCUGACCCGGGCACUGGGCCUGGUCUCCAUGGCAGCCGCGGAUUUAUUACUGGGGCCUCCACCCAGCUUGGCGGACUUUCGACUUGGAGCCGGGAGGAGAGGGACAGAACAGGCGGUUGUGGGAGCCGGGAGCCCACAGGCGACAGCCUGAGGCCCCGCGAUGGCCAAGUUUCUUUCCCAGGACCAAAUUAAUGAGUACAAGGAAUGCUUCUCCCUGUAUGACAAGCAGCAGCGGGGGAAGAUAAAAGCCACUGACCUCAUGGUGGUGAUGAGGUGCCUGGGGGCCAGCCCGACACCUGGAGAGGUGCAGCGGCACCUGCAGACUCACGGGAUCGACAGAAACGGGGAGCUGGAUUUCUCCACGUUCCUGACCAUUAUGCACACGCAAAUAAAACAAGAGGACCCAAAGAAAGAAAUCCUCUUGGCCAUGUUGAUGGCAGACAAGGAGAAGAAAGGCUACAUCAUGGCGUCCGAGCUGCGGUCAAAACUCAUGACACUGGGGGAGAAGCUCACCCACAAGGAAGUGGACGAUCUUUUCAGGGAAGCAGAGAUUGAACCAAAUGGCAAAGUGAAGUAUGAUGAAUUUAUCGACAAGAUCACCAUCCCUGUGCAGGACUACUGAGCGAAGAGGAGGUGAGGGAGCCUCCCCCUGGCCCUGGAGAUGCAGAGAUGAGGAGCUUCUGAAAAGAAAAGUGUUCCGUUCCCUCUGGGGAAAUGGUGAACACGGCAGCGGGGUGACAUGACCCGACGGUACCAGAGGGUAGCUUGGCUCUGAGACUAAAGGAUCUCAGCUGUGGCAUCAGCAGGCCUUUAAUAAAAAGAUUUAUACUGAUUUUAAUAACUA